AUGACAGAGAAGAAAAAGACGGAGGAGAAAAAAGAGAAAUUAGAGGGAGGAGAAAAGAAAAAAGAGAAGGAAAAACAAGAAGAAGAAGGAGAAGAGAAGGAAAAAUCAGUGAAAAAAGAAAAGGAAAAUGGAAAAGGAGAGGAAAAAUCGAGGACAGGAAAAGAGCAAGAGUCAGAGAAAAAAGAAAAAGAAAAAGAACAGAAAUUUGAGAGAGAAACGAGAGAAGCAAUAAAAUCAGAAGGUGAAAUGCAAAAGUUGAAAAUGAAGAAUGAAAUGGAAGCAAUUUCAAAAAUGAAAAAUAAAGUUGGAGUAGAAGAGCUGAAAGAAGAUGGCGCUAAAUUUAGGCUUGGACGAUUUGGUGCCCAGUUUUUUGCCCCAGUAACAAAUGAGCCAAGUGAUAUUUCAAGUGCUGGUGAUGAUGAUGACGAUGAUGGUGAUGAAGAAGUGGAAUCAGAAGAUUCUGAAGAUGAGAAAUAA